AUGUCCUCCAUUUAUAAAGCUCUAGCUGGUAAGACCAGUGACAAGACAGAAAAGAACAAUGAGAAACAAUUCAUGAACAAGCAACGUACAUUACUUAUCUCCAGUAGGGGUGUCAACUUUAGACAUCGUCAUUUGAUCCAGGAUUUAAACAGUCUGUUGCCACACUCCAGAAAGGAACCAAAAUUGGAUACCAAGAAGGAUCUAGGACAAUUGAACGAAAUUGCAGAAUUGUAUAACUGUAAUAAUAUUCUAUUUUUUGAAGCAAGAAAACAUCAAGAUUUAUACUUAUGGUUAUCUAAACCUCCUAAUGGUCCAACCAUCAAGUUCUAUGUUCAGAAUUUACAUACUAUGGAUGAACUAAAUUUCACAGGUAAUUGUCUAAAGGGUUCUCGUCCUGUAUUAUCCUUCGAUCAUAGAUUUGAUACUUCUCCACAAUACAAAUUAAUUAAAGAACUUUUAAUUCAAAAUUUCGGUGUCCCACCUAAUGCAAGAAAAUCCAAACCAUUUGUGGAUCAUGUUAUGUCCUUUAGUAUUGUUGAUGAUAAGAUUUGGGUUAGAACUUAUGAAAUCUCAAAUGCUGCUAGAAACAAAACUGAGUACGAAGAAGAAGAACAAGAAGAAUUAUCACUAGUUGAAAUUGGCCCCAGAUUCGUUAUGACUACAAUCCUGAUCCUAGAAGGUUCAUUUGGUGGUCCAAAGAUUUAUGAAAACAAACAGUAUGUGUCACCAAAUGUCGUGAGAGCACAACAGAAACAACAAGCUGCUGAAGAAGCUAAAUCUAGAUCUGAAGCUGCUGUUGAAAGAAAGAUAAGAAGAAGAGAAAACGUUUUGGCUGCUGACCCAUUGAGUAAUGAUGUUGUUUUCAAAUAA